UACGCGCAUACGUGCAGGCGCACGUUGGUCGGGCGAGAGUAGAGCUGGUCUCGAACGAGCCGCGGACAUUUCCGUGGCCGGCGGAAAAUUGCCAAUUCGUCGGACGUCUUGUUCGCCUCGCGUUCGCGCUCGCGUGAUACGCCCAUCUGCGUGUGAUAUUCGAAUUUACGUGCUCCAUAUGCGUCCCAUACGUGGCGGGACGAUCGAUUCGAUCCUCCCCUCUCCCCCCGAUCAUUCGAUCCUCCGUCGAAUUUCGCGAUUUACUUUACGUUGGAUGAAGAGGAGCGCGAGUCCGUGAACGAUUAACCGACCUUGCGCAACGUGUGUGCGUAAAAUUGGCUCCGUUUGAUCGAAUUACGCUUGGUUCGUCGUCGUAAUCGUCGUCGUCGUAGUAGUUUCGAAGCUCUACGACACGACUGCUACUCGUCCUCCCGUGCUUUUACGAGCGUUUCGACGAUAAUUAAAUUGCAAUUUCGAAGAGAGGACACUUGAUGGAAGAGAGGCAGAGGAGGGGCUGUGACAUUUAAAAUCGAGCACUCGAGGAGAAGCUUUCAAUUCAAUUAAGUCCGAUUCCUGAGGGAGGAGGGGACUGUGCUGUGCGUCAUUAGCAUCGCGACGAUCCUCGUAAAAGUUUUAUUGUUUCGGCAGGGAUAAAGGAGAUCUUGGUUAAAGGCCUUCCCCGGGAUAAAUCCUCCUCGUCGCUACGGAUCUAUUUCCUCGGAGCUGUAUGGAUAAAUAUUUACUAGAAAUAUCCUCCGUCCCGUCCCGUUGCGCGGCGGAGAACCGGUGGAGUGGAUCGUGAGCGCCGCGAUCUCUCCUGCUCCGCUGCCAGUCGUUAAUUCGGACAGAAUCUCGUGUCGCAACGCUCGUCGAUGCUUCACGUUUCGUUAAUUAGCGGUCGGCCGGGCAGAGAGGGGAGGAGCGGAAGCGUGACACGGAGCCGUUCCUCGCUACGAUGUCGUCUCGAGCGAAAAGUGAGGGCCGAUCGUGCGAUAUGGGCAUUAGCUCGCGACCUUCCGUCGCAGUUUUCGCCUCGCGUCAUCGACUAUUUGUGUAUCUAAAAAGACGUAGCGGAUUCUGAGGCGGAGGGAGAGAGGGGAGAGUGGGGAGGAGGAGGGAGGAGGAGAGAAGAGGAACGGUAGCCGUGGUGAGAGGAACGCGGUAUAAAGAAGUUCCGUCUCGUCGACUCUCUCUGGUUGAAGAUAGAGAGCGGAUAAUUCGGCCGACUUGUGGGCCCAAACUCGACGCGAGGGAAUGCCCGAUGGGGAUGAAGGCAAAGCUGUCGCGAAAAGAACUGGAUGAUCUCUUUAGCGAGGUAUUGGAAAAAGAAGGAAAAGGGAAGGAAAUUGGUGACAAUUCGACGAGAUGGUGCUAGAUUCCGGGACACCUCGCAGCAAAUCCACAAGCAAUGGCAGGCGGAUCCGGCACGAGCGUUUCCAACAGUUGGCACGGUCGCCACCGCAGGCUCGAUCUCACCGACGUCGGGCGAAAUUUCAACCCCGAAUUCGACGCCCAGCCCAAGCCCCAGCCCCACUAACAGUCAACAAGUCGCGCAUAAUGGGGGUUACGAGGCGCAACCGAAGAAUGUUAACACCAUCUCGAGAAGCAAGCAGCAGCAGCAACAACAGAUUCAGACGUCCUCGUCGACGACGACACCCGCGAGGACGCCAGGCGUCGGGGCGGACGCGACGACGACAGGAAGCGGGAAAGGCGGUGGCCGUGUUACGGAAGUGAUGGAGCUUUGUUACGUCACCGAAAGAAUCAUCGCGCUCUGGUACAGGGAGGAUGCGCAGGGAGUCCUGGAACACGCCACCGCUCUUCUGCGUGGAAAGCACGCUGAUAAUUAUAUGAUAUUCAAUCUCUCGUCGCCGGGUCGUGCGGGGGAGCCGAACACGAGGGAAGCGGGAUGGCCUCAGGGUCUGGCGCCCAGUUUGGAAAGAUUGUGCGCCCUGUGCAAGGAGCUGGACUCCUGGCUGAACGGGGCUCCGAAUCGCGUGGUCGUCCUCCACGCCAGGGGAAGCAAAGAACGAUUGGGUGUGGCUGUGUCCGCUUACAUGAACUACAGCAGCAUCUGCGGCGGACGUGAUCAGGCGUUGGACAGGUUUGCCAUGAGGAGAUUCCUCGACGACAAGAUUGGAUCCCUGCAGGUUCCCUCGCAUCGAAGGUACAUCAAAUAUUUCAGCGGACUUUUAUCAGGCUCCUUAAGGAUCAGCCAAUCCCCGCUCUAUUUAACGCAUCUCACCGUGCUUGGCGUCCCACUGUUCGAGCCCACGGGUUGCCGGGCAUUCCUCAAGGUCUACGAAGGUCUGAACCCCGUCUACACCUCGGAUCUCUACUCCGUGACGAAUGCACGCGAGUUCACCGUGAAUCUCGGUGGUCUACGCCUGAGGGGAGACAUUCUGGUGAAAUGUUACCACAGAGUGUACUCGAAGCAGAGCCGGGAAGUAAUGUUUUCCCUGCAGUUCCACACCUGCGUGAUCACGGAGAACGUUGUUUCCUUUCCUCGAUCGGAGCUCGACGUCGCCUGCGACGAUCCAAGGUGUCCACCUGACAGCGUGGUCACGCUGUACUUCGCCACGGACGCGAAACGCCAGGACGGGCCUGUACCAGCGCCGACGCCCGCCGUCCCCCACGCCUCGGCUCAUCACGACCCCAUCCUCCACUGGGACAGCUACACGAAUCUCGAGAUCAGCGACGACGAAGGACGGGAAACUCCAUUAUCACCGCCACCACCUUCGAGCUCCUCCGUUCAGACGUCGCCUCGCGGAUUGGGUUACACCUGCGGUCCCAUAGAUGGAUCCCUGUACGCUGUGGUACACCAGGGUGCUGCCGGUGGUGCCCGUGGCUCGCCAUUGACAGUUUCCAUGGACAGCGGAAUUAGCAGCGCCCCGCCGCAACGACCUAGCCCACCCGAGCCGGAGCCGGACAACCAGGCUCACGGUGAUCUCGAUAAGCUGCUCCAUGAUAUGAUGCUCACCGUCGAGUCGAUGCCGGAUCCCCCAACGGAGGAUUACAGAACGGACAGGAGCGAGAAGAUGUACAUUCAAGAAACUCGCAGCUACAGCAGCCACGCGAGCAGCCAUUCCCCGUCCACCUACUCGACGCUGAAGGAUUCGUACAGGAAUUACAGCACCGGGAAAGAUUCGAGCCCCCCGUACAACUCGAGCAGCAGUUACAGCACACUGAAGAACGAAUACCGCGAGCCGUCAACCAAGAUCGAUCAUCGAAGGGACGAGUUCGAGUAUCGGGUAUCGCCCGACCGGAAGAUCACCGAGUCGUCGACCGAUCCGUACAGGAAGCACGGUGAUUCGUUCUCGCCACCCGGGAACAUCGAUUACAUAGACGAGGAUAUACCUUAUCACGCGAGGCAGACGAGUCAACCGUUCUCUUACGGCGCCACCACCGACAUGCUCAAACAUCAGAAACUUUCCUCCCCCUCUUUGGUGAGGAAGGCGUCCGUACGAGGCGCAGCGCCCGUCGUCGACUUCGAGGACAUCCUCGGGGAGAACUCGAGGAGACCUGUCAGCCCUUUGAGCCCCAACACCCCAGAUCCUCCGCCAGAAUUCGCCAACGGGUCUGCUAAGAACGCCUCGGAUCACGUGGACGGAUUAUCAUGGCUGAGGCAACAGCAGUUGAAACUUGCCGCGAGGAGGGAUGAAAGAAACCCGGGGAAACUUUGGCGACAAGAAACCGGAAAUCGCGUGAUCGGCGAGCUGAGAAGCUUGCAGAGGGGAAGGAUGAGGCACGACGGGUACGCCAGCGAUUCUGCCGUUCUUGACGACGACGAGGACACGUGGCUUGUCAAUUCCACUUCCGGCCAGUCGCAGUCGAGGGCAGCGCUUUACACAUCCGCGCCGGCGAGCCCGUUGCUUCCGCAACGGUCGAGCAGCCGGAAGUACAACGGUACCACCGGAACCGGUACCCUGGGACGGCCGCGGGCCGAGAGCGUGAACGAGCGCCCCUUCAUGUCCGUGAAACGGGCAUACGAAUAUCGCAAAUACAGCGACAACCAGAGCCCUCCGACAUCCCCCCGCUCAGGCUUAGCAAGCACGCGACCCUUAGGAUUAGCAGUGCAGCUACAAACACCGUUCAUUAACACGGACAAGCCUCAACCACCGAGGCCAGAGUCGCGUAGCGACAGCUUUGCUCGCGCUGACGCUUUGUUGCGCGAGCACAACAGGCAGCAGCAGCAGCAGCAGCAACAGCAGCAGCAGCAGCAGCAGUUGGCCGCGAGCAACGCGGAGCAACAGAAACAAGCAACGAUUGGCCAAGAUUUCGCCACGACCAUGCCUCGUAACACUCGACCGGAAUCGAGAAAUCGAAUCGUGUGUUUGAGCUCGACCACGUUGGCCGGGAACGUUGAGAGGACCGCCGACCACGUGGACGGAGGAUUGUUGACGAUGGUCGAUCAGCAACAAUCGAGCACGCGCAACAAUCCGGACCCUCUCGUGAGCCUCAUUCAAUCAUUGGCUGAAAUUUCGCCCAUUCGAUCAUCCCAUACGGUGACUAACAACAACAACAACAACAGCAACAGCAAGACAGACACGAACGAUCAUCAUGCGCCGAGUAGUAUAGGCGCAGCAACCACGACGAAUGCGAGCAGCAACGUUGUUAACGCCAUCACUAAUUGCUCCCCUAACCAGUCGCCCAAAGCAUGGCAGAAUUGCACCCAGUCGCACAAUGACUCCGCUUCAUCGUGGACCGAGAGGAGCAUAAGUCCCGGAAGCGCGGUGGUGAGCAGCGCGUCGAGGCCUCAAACUCCGGCAUUUCCUGUGCAUCCCCGGACCCCGUACGUGAACAACUCGUCGCCCACGGUCACGUUCGCGGCUGAUCGCUCAUACAGCACGAACGCCACGUACAACGUGAACAACAACAACAAUAAUUUGAAUAACGUCGAGGCAGCCGGGAACAACAACAACAACGUCGGGAAUUACGCGAGCGAACGAACGAUCUACAUCGAAGAACGAAGAGAAGUCUCGAAAGAGACGGGGCUUCCACCCAAGAGUCCGACAACACAGAGACGCUUGAGUUUCCCGGCAAGCGGGCCACUUAAACAAACGCAUAACAAACGAUGGCCGCUCACUAACCAAUCGGCGUCGUUCGACUAUAGCAAGGACCGAUCUGUUUCUCCGAUAAACGAGCCAACAACGAUGCAACAACAGUCGCAAGCUGUCUCGCGCAGCCCUGGUACUCCGACCCAUAUCGAAUUCGCCCAAAAUCCUAAGAGUGCCACGUCGUACACAUCCAUAAACAGCGGUGGCCAAUCGUCUCCUCAGGUGCAGUAUUACGGUUCAAGACGGUCCAGUGUGCACUCGAACACCGAGCCUCAAGAGGUGGCGGACGUGAACGUGAAAUUCGUGCGCGACACGAGCAGAAUCUGGUACAAACCUAACAUAUCUCGGGAGCAAGCGAUCUCGAUGCUGAAGGACGCGGCGCCGGGUACGUUCGUCGUCCGGGACAGCAAUUCGUUCCCGGGGGCGUUUGGACUCGCCCUGAAGGUGGCGACCCCACCUCCAGGCGCGCCCAGCAGUCCCAGGGACCCGUCCAGCGAGCUGGUCAGGCACUUUUUAAUCGAGCCCACCUCGAGAGGCGUCAGAUUGAAGGGAUGCGCGAACGAGCCGGUUUUCAGCUCGUUGUCGGCGUUGGUUUACCAGCACAGCUUGAUGGCGAUGGCUCUACCGUGCCCGCUCCUGCUCCCAGAACCGGAAGCUGCGGCCAGAGCCCUUGAUUCGCCAGGGACGAACAGCACGCAGCAACUGCUCGCGCAGGGUGCAGCCUGCAAUGUUUUGUACCUGUUCACCAUGGACAUGGAAUCGUUGACCGGGCCUCAAGCCAUCAAGAAGGCAGUGACGACCAUGUUCGAGCAAAAACCGUUGCCCGCCGCGACUAUAGUUCAUUUCAAAGUUUCCACCCAAGGGAUCACCCUGACGGAUAACGCGCGAAAGUUGUUCUUCCGUAGGCAUUAUCCCACGAAUAAUAUCAGUUAUUGCGGUCUGGACACGGAGGAGCGCACCUGGGAUUUCGCCAGCGAGGAGACAGGGCGAUCGGUCAGCGCCCAUCGAUGUUUCGGAUUCGUCGCCAGGAAACCGGCGCACAAAUCGGACAACCAGUGUCACGUGUUCGCCGAGCUAGAACCGGAGCAACCAGCCACGGCCAUAGUGAAUUUCGUGAACAAGGUCAUGAUGGGCAACUCCAUAGCGAAGGCCAACAUCGUGUAAAUCGGUUUUUUAUUCGUCUCACGCGUCCUCCAAGAUGCAUGAAUAUAACGGUUUUUCGUCUUCGAGGCCUGACAAGAAUCGAUGAAAAAGGAAAAGAGAAGAAAAGAAAAGAAAAGAAAAGAAAAGAAAAGGAAAAAAAACCCAUAAAAGCGCGAUUCAUCGCGAAGAAUGAAUACAGCUUGACCGCCGUUUCACCGAACAAAUAUAGUUAUAUAUAUAUAUGAGCGUGCUGUUCGUUCGAAAACGACGAUUAGUUGAUGACUCUCGGAGUCGAUAGAUGUUGGCGCGUUGUUGAACGUAGAGACAGAGUCAGUAGAGCAUGAAAACGUUCUAAGCAAAACUAUUAGGUAGAGAUUAGAACGAUAGGGAAUUGAUUCGUUAUUGUUCUAAACGGAAGAGGUUUAUAUGAUACGAUACAUAUAUAUAUAUAUAUGAAACUCGAUUCCAUCCUCCGUGUCGAUGUGAUCACACGUUUCAUCAUCGCAGAAGAGAAUGAAAAUUAAUUAAUUAAUUAAUAAUGCGACGAUCGUUACAAUGCUCGUUGUUUAUGAUUAUUAAUAGGUGAUAGGUAGAGUAAUAUAAAAAAGAAGAAAAAACCCGGAUACCCGGAGCAAAGUACGAUGGCGGGAUUGCAACUUCCACGUUGUAUUGCGUUGUAUUUUUGUAAAAUGGAAAAUAUUCGAGGAUCUUUACCUUAAGAAUUAUUAUCACGCGUUUAUUCGUCUAUCAUCGUUGUAUACAUAUUUUCUACGAAUUUUUUACGUCUUCUACUUGACUCCACCUCCAAAGGAUCCACCACGCUCCACCAAUAAUCGUCCAUCGCAAUCGAAAAGCAAUCUAUCGAUCUUCGAUCUGUCUAACGUCCCGCCGAUAAACGAAUUCGUUUUCUUUCUUUUCUCUCUCUCUUUUUAUAAUCAUUAUAUAUUCGUUCAGAGACGAAGUUACAAGAACACGACGUUAUACUUUGCUUCCACCACCACUGGUGAGAUAGACACCAAUAAUACGCGCGAAAACGCGUAUGUUAUUUGCAAGCGAACGUACCGAUAGUUGAUAGGUAUAGUUGACGAGUUAAUCGACCGCGUGCUCUAUGCGCGAAUCUCGGAAAGAAGAUCGUCGCGCGUUCGAAGCGCAGCCUCGCGAGUACGUGUCUCGAUCGCGGAAGAUAAUAAUAAAAAAAAAAAGAAAAAAAGAAGUUAGUUUGCACGCGUAUGUACGUACACAUUGUUACAAAAAAAAAGAAAAAAGAAAAAAAAAAGAAAGAAAAAAGGAAAAGAAGAAAAAAAAAGAAGAAGAUCGCAAGAAAAAUAUAGUUGAAUAUAUAUAUAUUAUAUAUAUUAUUAACCACGUUACACGUUGGGACUCUCGAGUAAUGUUUAUCGAAGAAAAUGUUGCGUCGUUGUUGCGGAGCCGUGCCUGUGUAUCGUAAGCCCGCCAUGUUCCACAGAGAAAGCAGCGGUUCAACGUUUUACGUUACGAUGGUAAAAAAAAAACGUUCUAUAAAUAACUGUAAAUAAGUUGAAACACGAGAAAGUAAUGAAACGCAGUGUGGAAGGGCGGAAGGGAGGAGGAGACAAUCCGAAGGAGCUCACCGAGAUAAGGAUCGACGAUAAAUCGUCGAGGAAUAAAAUGGGGAGGGAGGGAGGGAGGGAAAAAGAAAAAAAGGAAGAGAAAUUUUUAAUUUUUUUUUUCUUUUCUCUCUCUCUUUUUUUUUUUUUUUCCUUCGAAACGCGUCAACGUGACGGAACUGAAUAAGUAAACGAUACUCGAAGAGGAGUAGAGCGAAAGUAUCGAAAUCGAAACAUCACAUUUUUGUUUGGUGGUACUCUCCCCGUAGGUUCUUGCCAUUGUAAUUCGUCCUCACGAGUGACGUCCUCCUUCGUUCGUCUAGAAAAUAAAAAAAAGAAAAAGAAAAAGGAAAAGAAAAAGGAAAAAAAUUGGAAAAUCGACGAAGGAAGAUGAGAUCGGCGGGGACGACGACAAGCAGUCAAUUAUCACGGAAAGAAAAAUCGUUUAUUAUACGUGUAAUUAUACGACAAUACCGUGCCACGAGAGGAUCCACGAUAUAAAAAAAAAGAAAGAAGAAAAGAAAUAUUUAUCGUCGUUCCUCGACG